AUGUCAUUAACCCGCUCUUCCACGCGGACAUUGUCAACUUGCAGCCCGACAUCGACAUCGACAUCGACAUCGACGUCGACAUCGGCAUCUCGACAGCAGCAUCAACCAGACCAGCUCCGGAAACCUCGCAAAGAAUACGUCCACCUAACUCCAACAAAGACCGGGAAACAAAGCCCAUCCCUCUCUCCCAAGCCAACCGAAUCCGAAUCCGAACCUACAACUUCCUUCCGUACAACACCAAGCAAGAAAGCAAGCAUCUCCACUCAAGCCGAGCACACAGCCUUGCGCCACGCACCCCUUCUUCUCUACCCUACCUUGCCUUACUUCUCUUGCAUUACGACGUAUUUUAAGAACACCCAAGGAACAUCCACCCCCCACAUCCAUUACGCAGGCAGGAAGGAAGGCAGGAAGGCAGGCCAGGCACACCCGCCUACCGACAGUAAUACAGACAGACAGACAAGCAAGCAAGCACAAACAAAGAUGUCCGACGCCUACGAACGCGAGCGCCAGAACAACUCGCGCCUCUCGGAGCUAUCUGCAAAGGUCUCCGCCUUGCGAGACGUCACCGUCGACAUCUACGACAACGCCAGGGCGCAGGAUGUCAUUGACGAUACGUCCGGCAAGUUCUCUUCCAUGAGCACCUCGCUGAAAGGCUCCGCUAGCCGCCUGGGCCGCAUGGCCGCGAGCGGGAACAAGGUCGCAAUCUUUAAGCUGGCGGGUAUAGUCGUCGGGGUCGUGCUGCUGCUAUGGUUUAUCUGGGGCUUGUUCGUUUGA